CAACCCCAACUUGGCACCCCCAUAAAAGCCAGGUUUAUUCCUCCAAUAAUUCUGAAAUUCAUUGCUUUAUGUUCUGUGCUACUGCGACUGCAAGAUGACCAUCAGGCUGGUGACAUUCGAUGCCUUGCAUACGCUCCUAACGCCUAGGUUACCAAUUUACAUCCAGUAUUCACAGACAUUUGCUCCAUAUCUUGGCGUCCUCGAGCCAGGGCUGCUCAGACAGUCUUUUAAAGUUGCGCUGACACAGGUACAAAAGGACAAACCCGCGUAUCAGGGGGAGUCUGGCGCUGAAGGAUGGUGGUCCGAAGUUAUCAAGCGAACAGCCAUCGGAGCUGGUGCCAACCCACAAGCUGUAGACUCUUCAUUGCCGCAAAUCGUUCCCAGUCUUAUGGAACGAUUCAGUUCUCGAGAAGGCUACAAACUCUUCCAUGAUUCCCUCCCAGUACUGAGGCGGCUGCAUCAAAUGAAUAUUCGUACCGCGCUGAUCAGCAACACUGACACACGCAUGCGAUCUGUAUUGAAGGAUCUUGAAAUUGCUCCGUACCUCGAUCCAAUUCUCCUGAGCGAGGAGGUGGGAAUAGAGAAGCCAGAUGUCGGAGUGUUUCGUCUAGCAUUCGGCACGCAGUUAGAUCCGAUAAAGCUGCAGGGUGUUCACGUGGGAGAUGAACUUGAGAGUGAUUAUCACGGUGCUCGAGCUGCUGGAAUGCAUGCCCUGCUGUUGCGCAGGGCAGGGCCAGAAGGCGAUGGUGAACGCAAGGAGGAGGGUGAAGAUCUUCAAGGUGUACAGGUAGUGAAUGACCUGUGGGGGGUUGUAAAGUGGGUAGAACAACAAACCACAGGAAGUUGUUGAGAGCAUGUCCGUCG